AUGUCCAUUCUCAUCAAAAAUGGUACUGUCGUUAACGAUGAUGCUACUAUGAAAGCCGAUGUUCUCAUUAGAGAUGGUAUUAUAGUUGAAGUUUCUUCUUGUAUCACAUCAUCAGCAGAUAAAAUUAUUGAUGCGGAAGGAAAAUUGGUCAUUCCUGGAGGAAUCGACCCUCACACUCAUUUGGAGGAACCUUUCAUGGGAGAAGUAACUAUAGAUGACUUCUACACAGGUACUGCUGCUGCCGUAUCCGGAGGAACAACAAUGAUUAUCGAUUUCGUAAUUCCUUCAAAGACGGAAACUUUGUUACAGGCGUAUAAAAUGUGGAGAGAUCGUGCUGAUCCUAAGGUGGUAUGCGAUUACGCCUUAUCGAUGGCUGUAACCUCGUGGAGUCCGCUGAUCUCUGAUGAAAUGGCCAUUGUUACAGCGCCAGAAUAUGGUAUUAAUUCAUUCAAGUUCUUCAUGGCCUUUGCGGGGGUUCUCAUGGUCGAGGAUGAUGAGUUCUAUCAUGCAAUGAAGAAGUGUGCGAAACUAGGUGCAAUCGCUAGAGUUCAUGCUGAGAAUGGUUCGGUCAUAUGUGAGAAGGAAAAGGAGAUGCUAUCACUUGGAAUCACUGGGCCUGAAGGCCAUUGUCUUAGUCGGCCUGAAGAACUACAAGAAGAGGCUACUUCUCGAGCUUGCUUCUUGGCUCAGCAAGCUAAUUGUCCACUGUAUGUGGUUCAUGUCAUGAGCAAAGGGGCUGCAGAUGCCAUCGCACUCCACAGGUCUCGAGGUACUGUCGUAUUUGGAGAACCUGUAGCCGCAAGUUUGGCGUUGGAUGGUUCUCAUUACUUUGAUCAUGAUUGGCUACAUGCUGCUAGGUAUGUUAUGUCACCUCCAUUGAGUCGCGACCCGACUACACCCGACACUCUCAUGGACUAUUUAUCAGCAGGACUUCUUCACCUAACGGCUACAGACAACUGCACUUUCAACGGAAAGCAAAAACUACUAGGAAAAGACGACUUUACAAAAAUACCAAAUGGAAUAAAUGGAGUUGAAGACAGAAUGUCAGUUGUUUGGCAUAAAGGAGUUAACACGGGUAAAAUGGAUGCUAUGCGAUUUGUAGCUGUAACUAGUUCGACUGCGGCGAAGAUAUUCAACAUAUAUCCUAAAAAGGGUAGAAUCGCCGUGGGCUCUGAUGCUGAUGUUGUUAUCUGGAACCCCCAUAUGAAAAAAACUAUUUCGAAGGAUACUCAUCACCAAGCUGUUGAUUUCAACAUAUUCGAAGGAAUGAAUGUAGAAGGUGUAGCCGAAAUCACUAUUUCGCGAGGAAAGGUUGUGUGGGAGAAUGGUACGCUCCAAGUUGAACGAGGUUCUGGAAAGUUUGUGACUCUGCCAACAUUUUCCCCUUAUGUAUUUAACACGAUACAAAAGAGAGAACAGGUUCGCAUCCCUCGAGGAGUUGAUCGAACUCUAAUAACAAGUAACAACAACAAACAGAAUGGUAAACACAACAAAUGUCAACAAGAACAUUACAUUUGA